UUCCACACGGACUGUUUGGAGCGCGGACCGGUCGGCAGAUCAGAUGUGUGUCCUGGAGGCACUUAGUGUUUGGACAGAGCUGUGUGAUGCUUAGUGAAGUCAGAGUAAUGUUUAUGUGUCCAGUUUGGAUGGUCAGGAAAACACAGAAUAAGCGGAAACGGCACCGAUUGGACUGACGGUGCUGUGGAGUUGCGCAUGCGCACUAGCUACGGUGAUGAUAAUGAUGGCUUCUGGAACGUGUCACAGUCAGUCCUGGAGAAGAUCUGGAUUCCAGGAUCUGCAACCUUCAGCCAGUGAGGAACACAUGGAAAUAAUUCAUGUUUGACGCUGAAUUCAUCUGUUUAAGCUUCAACGUCUGCUGAACCAUGACUUCAACACAAAAGAAAGUUUACAACUGUGACUACUGUGACAAGGAGUUCAACAAACCCAGUCUGUUGAAGAAACACCAACGAGUUCACACCGGAGAACGCCCGUACACGUGUGAACAAUGUGGGAAAACCUUCUCUCAGUCUUCGACACUCGGUCGCCACCACCUCAUCCACACCGGAGAGAAACAGCAUCGUUGUAGCGACUGUGGGAAACGUUUCAGUCAGAGGGAACAUCUGAUCACCCACCAGCGCAUCCACACCGGAGACAAACCGUUCAGCUGUGACCAGUGUGGGAAGAGGUUCACCACCCUGCGCUCCUACAGUGCCCACAGGAACCUCCACACCAGAGAGACCAUCUUCUUCUGCGGACUCUGUGGGAAGAUGUUGAGUUCCUCUAAAGGACUGAAGGCUCACGAGCGCAUCCACACCGGAGACAGACGCCACAAGUGUCAGUACUGUGACAAAACCUUUUUCGAUUCGACAAAUCUGUCCAAACAUGAGCGAGUUCACACUGGAGAGAAACCGUACUGGUGCGACCGCUGCAAGAAGAACUUCACCUGGUCUGAUCAGGUGAAGAGACACCGGUGUGUCUGAGAAUCACCGUCAUGUAGCAUCACUGGACACAACCGUCCAUCUGAUGGGUAAUGGUUUAGUCUUUUAGUCUUUUAUUUAACCUGGUAGCAAGCAAUAUGUUCAGAUUACAUUUUAUUAUGACAGAAAAAUCCACAAAACCCUGAAAAUAACAGUUCCUGUUUUCAUUACCUCAGAGCAGUGGUUCUGAACUGGGGG